AUGGGAGAGGCAAAGAAUAAUGGGGGAUUGGGUUUCCGAGACUUUGAGUGCUUUAACAAGGCAUUGCUUGCAAAACAGUGCUGGAAGAUGCUUAAACAUCCUGAUUCCUUGGUGGCUAGGAUCAUGAAAGAAAAGUAUUUCAAGAAAGGAGGGCUAGAGGAUGCGAAGGAAACUGAGACUUUUAUGCAUGAUGUGUGGAGCUGUCCAGCAGCCUCUGAUGUUUGGUCUGAGAAGGAAAGUCCAGUGAGUAAAUGGGGUAGUGCAGAAGAUGUAUUUGUGGAAUGGUGGAUGAAACUGAAUAAGUUUCUCAAAGAAGAGGAGGUGGAGGUGGUUGCAUGUAUAAUGAGGAAGAUCUGGAUGAGGAGAAACUCUUUUAUCUUUGAGAAGAAGUUUGAACAUCCGAAGAAUCUCAUCACUUCUGCAAUCCAGGGACUGUUGGACUUCAAAGCUGCUCAGGAAAAUGUGUUACUGCUGCAACAGAAAGCUCAGUUGCUAAGAUGCGUGGAUAGAAGUGUAGUUAAAUGGGUAAAACCAGAGGAAAGGACUGUGAAAGCAAAUUGGGAUGCAGCUGUGGAUGUUAGAAACAGAAAGGUGGGAAUUGGAGUGGCUGUUAGGGAUUCUACGGGAGAGGUGCUAGCGUGUCUUUGCUCCUGCUUUGAUAACAUCAGCAACCCAAGUGUAGCUGAAGCCGUGGGGUUAAGGAGGGCUGUGCUCCUGUGUGCUGAACUAGGAUUCUCAAAUGUCAUAUUAGAAGGGGAUUCUAAGGUGGUUGUAAAUGCAACAAUUAGUGGGGAGGAAAUUGAGGCUGAAUAUGGGAACAUUAUAGAGGAUGUUAGGAGAGUGAUUAAUGGAAGGCUGAAUUGGGGUAUACGGUUCAUAUAUAGAGAAGCAAAUUGUAUAGCACACAAACUAGCAAAGUUAGCAAUUAAUUCUUCUAAUGAGAGGGUGUGGAUAGAGGAUAGCCCAAUAGAAAUUAAGAAUGAUUUACUGAAGGAAAAGUAUUGUAAUGACUGA